CAGCCCCGGGUGUUGCACGAAAUUCAAAUUUGUUUGUGGUGAACCAUGCAAAGGUUAUUUCUUCAUCGCUCGAACCUGCUGUAGAUGCAAUAAACACACGACACGUAAAUCUUCUAAAAAAAUCUUUUGAAUCUUCAACAAAAUGCCUGCACAGCAAGCUGCAGAGCACGACGAUGGCGACGAUUCUCCUAACGAAAACGACGUGAUUUUCUUCGCGAAGGAAACAAACACCUCGUCUGCAACGGAAGAUGGGACGCAAAUCCAGGUAAAGCAGCCACAACCGCAUCAAGAUUCUGCGGAUCACCGAGAAAACAACGAGCACCAAUUCACCGCACAAGCAACCAGCUCGGAUGACCAACAGGAAGGGCUCCCAGGUGUAGUUGGUUCUCGUGCAGCUGCUUCAUCAGGUCGCGGUGGUCCACCCGCGCCACCGCCUGCACCGCCCGCGAGCCGGAGUACGGCUGGUGCGAGGAUGAUGAACUCUAGCGAAGGCGGGAGCAAAACUAAAGAUGAGAAAGUACUUCGAGCAAACGACCUCGAAAAGGAACCAGAAGCGAUUUCGCCAGAGGACGAAGACGUCAAUGGUCUCAAGGAGCCGGAACCGCCGCCAGAAGAAGGUGGAACGGCCCCCGAACAAGUUGGGGGUGGUGAAGCAGAUAGAACAAAUACCGCAGAUCUAGUACUACCCGUUGCAAGCGGCGAAGAACUUCUGCAGCAAGGAGCUGCACACAGUAACAGCGAUGACAAUCCGACACUGGACGAACUACCUGCUUUGCCCGACGCAACCUCGGGGGCAGAAAUAAGAGCGAAUCAGGUUUCGGUGUUGGCACAGGAGGAAAAUGCGAAAGCGCUUGCGUCUUCCUCCCCACCUGCGAUAAAUGCUACGGCGGGACCGAGUGGAACCGCUGUUCGACUUCGAACAAGCACUGCUGUUCUCCGCACCGGCCCCAACUGGUACUGGACCUGCACACCGGAAUUUGCGAAAUGGUCUUCUGACCCUUUUACGAGAGGCAGAGGCCAAGAAUCUACUGCAACUACAAACGUGCUACCAACGGCAGAGUUGUCGGCUUCUUCAGCAACUACGAACAACCUCUCUCUGCGGCUCUUCGUGACGAUUUGGAAUUUGCACGGGAAAACCCCGCCGGCGGAUUUCUCCACCUGGAUUCCGCAUUCGAAGGAGAAUCUGCAUCACCUCUACGUGAUCGGCACGUGCGAAUCGUGUCAGACGAUAAACCGGGCGAUACUCCGCCCGAAACGGUCGAAAUUGGCCAAAUACGCCAGGGACUUUGAGACGUUUCUGAACUCGAUAGAAGUGGAAGAAAACGGGGAUGCAGAAAAUCACGCCGAGUUGUCCCGAUCUCCAGAAGGGCUAGGGUCAGCAGACCAGCAACUCCCACUGUACACCCCGAUCGUGAUCAACUCGCUGGGGGCAACGCACUUGAUGGUCUUCGCGCACAGGUCCAUUUUGAAGAUGAUUUGGGACGUGAAAACCACGACGUGCGCCUUAUGAAAUGCAAAAGUGUCUGGGUCUGGAAGAAUGCAACUUGUGAUGCUGUAUUUGGAUUCCAAAAAAAUCUGUAUUGCAUGAGUAGCAAACAGAAUGCAACUUUUUCUACGCUGAGAAGGCAUUUGUUAGGCAUCAAGAAGCCCUCAAAAAAUCUGUAUUGCUAGGGUAUGCAUCACAGACAUCAUCAUGGCUCAUGCAAAACGUGCAUGACAAGUGUCAGAAUCUUCCAGACCCAGACACUUUUACAGUUGAUACGCCUGCGGUUUCGGCAACUUGGUCGGGAACAAGGGCGGCGUUUUGCUGGGCAUGAGUAUCUAUGCAUUGCAAAAGUAUGAUCGUACUAGUAUGAUAAUCGCGUGACAAAUUUUCUCAAAGGGAGAAAUGGAAUUUGUAUAUGCUUGCUCAACAUCAACAGUUGAUGUUGAACAUCUAGUUUGCAUACCUGCAAUUUGUCUGUACGAUAGUACUUGUGCAAUGCAUAGCAUCGGGUCGAGUUCCUUUCUCUUCGUCUGCAGCCACCUGCCCGCGCACAAGUCCGGGAUGAAGCAGCGGACCGCGGCGUUCAAGCGGAUCAUGAAUUAUUCGAAAGUGUAUUUGAAACCCGCGAAGAGAAUGGCGAGCAAUCAUGGCGCGGAGGACGAAGAAGAGGGUCAGCGCUACGAUGGCCACCGUGCUGGGCGGGGGACACCAGCUGUUGGAAAAAAUACGGCGAACAGCCCAGCCUCGCGUGCUAGGCCGGCAUGGCAAGCUGCUGAUGGGGAAGCAGAUCAUGCUGGAAGAUCUUCGACUGAAAGAGCUGGCACUACAGCAUCUUCGCAGGAGAACAACCUCCUUCGUGACAGCACAGCAACAAACGGACCUUCCUCGUCCAUGCGGGUUCAACUCCCGGGCGCGAUUUUGGAAGAAGGAGCACACAGGAGCCAUGCAGGGGAAGAUGAUGAAUCGUCCUCGUCUCCAGAUGUCGAUCUUGAUGCUGAUGAUGAUCAAAUAAAUCAGUCCCGAGAAAUAAUGCCUGCGCGAAUAGUACUGACCGACGUCGAUGAAGACGAUCAUUCUACUACGUUGAUACAACCAGCAGCACCUCGAGGUGGACAACUGCUGCGCCUGUCACCUACUUUGCCGGUUCGUCAUAUCAAUCCAGGUACAACUAGCGGGCUACUGUGCGGUAGUAAUGAAGAUGAUGCAGAUCAUCAGUUUCAAGAUGCAGCUUCAGCUAUCCUGUGCAAAAGUAUCGUACUCGUAGUAAUUGCAGUCAUGCAUUACAAAUAUCUUUGCUAAGGUAAAUCCGCAUGACAAGUUUCAUUUCUCAUGCUGAGGAAAUUUGUAAUGCAUUUAUACGAGUGCGAUGCUUUUGCAAUGCAUAUCAGCUUCCUCCCCCUGCUCUCUCCUGUCGAGUAGAUCCAGAUCAUCGUCGCGCGGUGCAGCAGCCGAAUGUCUGCUCUACUCCAGUCGCAGUCCAACAUCAGACGAUGAUGAAAUAAACUCGAGUUCGUCGUCUUCUUCUGAUGGGGUUCUGUUCUCGGAAGAUGAUGAGUUUUCUUCAGAGGAAGAUGUUGCCGAUGUUGAAAAGGGGGACUAUCUGGAGCACUCCGGCAACUACCUGAAUCUCUCAUACCAGAGUCGGGAAGGCACGCACAACCGCGAAGAGUCUCCGAGCCUGUUCUCGCGGCUUUUCGGGGGAGGAGGCGGAGACAAGAAUCGGCCGAGAGUGCAUCCGGUAGCUGCUCAACAUGGGACCACGACGAGCACGCCAGCCUCCUCACAGCAACAGCAGCACCCAGGAUCGAAUUCCCAGGCAGAUUUCGUUUUCUUUUUCGGCGACCUGAAUUUUCGUUUGAACAUGAAACGCGAGGCGGCCGAUAAUUGCAUAGUGCAGUCGGAUAUCCUGUGCAAAAGUAUCGUACUCAUAGUAAUCGCAACCAUGCAUUACAAAUCUCCUUCUCAAGGACAAGGAGCUCAAUCCGCAUGACAAAUUCUAUUUUUCAUGCUGAGGGAAUUUGUCAUGCGAUUUCUACUACGUAGUAGUACGAUACUUUUGCAUUUCAUAUCGGACCACCGGAAACUACUCGCAAGUGACACGCUGCUGCCCAUGCUCAGCAUGUUUCAGCAGCCAAGAGCAGGGGCAGGGCCACCCCCUGUGGUCGUGGAUGGGCACGAGCGCCAAACCAAUGCAAGCAAUUCUGCUCCUUCGUCACAGCUACUACAUCGACAAAGCUCCGAAGACAACGACAGUGCAACAGACGACAUCCAACCGCGGGUCGUUUUACAGCAGCCGAAUAGCAGUAGUGGAGUGGAUAGGCACCGCGAAAGUAUCGCACUACGUACAAAUUGCAUCACAAGUUUGAUGUUCAGCAUGAGAAAUGGAAUUUGCAAUGUGGAUUGACUUUGCAAAAGAGAUUUGUAAUGCAUAAGAAGUGCGAUUAGUACGAGUGCGGUAGUUCUUUUGCAGUGCAUAGUGGAGGUGGGAUCUCCAACCACGGGAAUGAAUUCCUCUCCGAACACAGGGUAUGCAAGAAAAAAACUGUGUGAGUGUAAGUUUGUGAAGAUGCAAAAAACGCAAGACGGUUUCCGAAGUGCAAGUUUACGAAUCGCUCCUCACCCGUGGGGAGGCGUUUUUUUUGAUUUUUUCGGUCGGUUUGAAAACGUCUGGCUCUGGCCAAUUUUGAAAAAUUGCAAGACUUUUGGUUUUUGCCUCAGCCGUUCCGCCACCUAGUACGAAUCGCUCCUCACCCGUGGGGAGGCGGUUUUUUGGAUUUUUUCGGUCUGUUUGCGAAAGACGGACGCUGGCCAAUUUUGAAAAAUUGCAAGACUUUUGGUUUUUGCCUCAGCCGUUCUGCCGCCUACGAAUCGCUCCUCACCCGUGGGGAGGCGGUUUUUGUGAUUUUUUCGGUCUGUUUGCAAAAGAGGGACGCUGGCCAAUUUUGAAAAAUUGCAAGACUUUUGGUUUUUGCCUUGGCCGUUCUGCCGCCUACGAAGCGCUCCUCACCCGUGGGGAGGCGGUUUUUUUUUUUCGGUCGGUUUGCAGAGACUGGAGGCUGGCCAAUUUUCCAAAAUUGCAAGAUUUUUUGUGUUUGCCUCAGCCGUUCUGCCGCCUAUGAAUUCUCUCCACUGGUAGCUGCGCAUGACAGGUUUUUACUGUAUAUGAAAAACGAUCUGCUCUUUCUGCACGGUUACACACACUUUUUUCCUUGGAUACCGGAACCACGGCAGGGUACCAAUCAUCUUUCGGCGGUGUAUCGGGAGCGGUCACGGAUUUGUCGACACCAACUGGUGCCGGCUCCGGUGGAGCAGCUCCUUCGUGGUCCGAGUUUGCUGAGAUGCCGAUCAAUUUUCCGCCGACGUACAAAAUCAACGCGUUUACGAGGCUGGAUUACGACACGUCCAAGAAAAAGCGCGUGCCAGCGUGGACCGACCGGAUUUUGUACAAACCCAACAAAAAUCUGAAACCCUUGUGCUACGACGCGAUUUUUGACAACGAGCAACUCUACCUCUCUGACCACAGACCGGUGUACGCGCAAUUUGAGGCGGAGCUGAAGAAUGUGAACAGGUGGACGCCGCUUGGGGCCGCGGUGGACCAGGGGCAGAGUUUUGGAAGCAGUGUCUCCUCCUCUGCUGCGACUACCGGGGGAAGCUCAAUGUGUGUGUUGAUGUGAGUUUACACUUAUUGACUAUGCACAAGAAACGCAAUCCCGAUCCAUAUCCACCUGACCAGUGAUGGUUGAGAUUGUGACUUUCCAUAGGUCAUACAUGCGGCUUGCUUUCAUUCUUGCCGCCGUGACGCAGACGUGGGUUCGGCUUUUUGGUGGUUCUUGCUACCACCUACUGGUGCGAGCCAGCAAGUUGACAUUGGCCGUACAAGUUCUUAGCUCUCGGCAU